UCAAGCCUUCAUCUCUCCUGCAGUGACAGAGCCGCACUUUCAUCAAGAAGGUAACAUUGUAUGAGAGAGAGACAGUAAAAGAAUAAAAAAGGGAGGGAGAGAGAGAGAGUGAGAGACAAACAAGGAAAGCCAAAGAAGAAAAGACUCGGAGCUCCCUCAGCCCCCUCAUAUCUCUCCAGGGAAUGAGAGAGUAGGGCAGAAGAUAGAGGGACGGAGGAAGGGAAGACUGUUGAAUGUAGUUGAGCACCGCGUUCGGAGAGCACCCGGCAGCCAAUGAGAGACUGUGAUGGGACCGACACUGACACCCAGAGCAAAGCAGACCAGAGAUUUCUGACAUGGUGUCGACCCAGAUUGAUGGGAGGAAAAUGAGGGGAGAAAGGACAGACAUAGACUUGCGCCGCUGCUUCAGAAAACACAGAUUGUAUACCGAGGACAUUCAUCCUCCGAUGUGCCCACAAAAUAUUUUUUAAAGGUGUUCUGCUGUAAAUAAGGUGUGUGGACCCAGUGUGCAGCACUAAUCUUAGAGACGGGGGAGGGGAGUGAUUCUCCACAUACAUACAAGCCCCCCUCUGCCAAUCGGAGAGAAAGACAGAGAGCGAGAAGGAGAGCAAGUGAAGGAACAGGGGAGACGGCAGAGAGACUGAAAGGAGGAAACAGCUCUAGCAGUUAUCUUAGGUGGACAGAGAGGAAGAAUUACACACAGACACACACGGUCCAGCCACACGUUACAAGACGCUCCAGCCAGCGGAGGCGGAUAACCAGCCAGACGCCUCAUAUCUGCAGCUCCAGACCAAGAAGAUUCCUCUCUCAACUUCAUCCUAAGCUGGACCGUGAGCUUUAACAGGAGAGAGAUUGAGAAGAGGGAAGUGCUUCGCAACUUCCUUGAAGGGGUGAGAGUGUAAAGAGAGAGACAGAGAGAGAGAGCAGGGGAAAACUCCCCCUCGCCCUCUCUCGACCCAGAUCACCGUCAGGCUGGCUGGCACAGCCAUGGCCUUCACCUUUGCGGCCUUUUGCUACAUGUUAACACUCGUGUUGUGCGCUGCACUCAUCUUCUUCGUCAUCUGGCAGAUUAUUGCUUUUGAUGAGCUGCGCACAGACUUCAAAAAUCCCAUCGAUCAGAGCAACCCCACCAGAGCGAGGGAAAGAAUAUUGAACAUCGAGAGAAUCUGCAACCUCCUCCGAAGGCUGGUGGUUCCAGAGUAUUCCAUCCACGGACUGUUCUGUCUGAUGUUCAUGUGUGCAGGGGAGUGGGUGACUCUGGGCCUUAACAUCCCCCUGCUCCUCUAUCACCUCUGGAGGUUUUUCCACCGUCCUGCAGAUGGGUCUGAGGUUAUGUAUGAUCCAGUAAGUGUGAUGAAUGCAGACAUUCUGAAUUACUGCCAAAAAGAGUCCUGGUGCAAGCUGGGCUUCUACCUUCUCUCCUUUUUCUACUAUCUGUACAGUAUGGUGUACGCUUUGGUCAGCUUCUAAGUGAUCAAAUGAAAGACAGGAGCUUAUGAAAGGAAGGAGAACAACGACAGAAUAAAGACCGAACUAUGUCGCGCUCUCCGCUCCCUCAUCCACAGACCUUGUUCAGCUCCUCCUCAGAUCUCCUGGGUGGGGAUGGACGAUGGACAGAUGUAGAAAAAGCUCAAGACAAGGAGGCAUUUAAAGCCGUCAGUGUAAAGCUGCCUCAAUCACUGCCAUUAAACAAAAACAAGUGGAGAGCUGGACCAAAAGAAAACGAGUGCAAUAGACAGAGAGAAAUAUGGUGAACAAAAGGCUCAGGCAGUGUAGAUGUUUUGUAACACCAUUUAAUUUCUCAAGGGCUGCUGAAAAUUUCCGCUGCUCCAAGCGACGUCUACGAAGAGACACAUAACGUGCUUCUGAGGCCAUUACAGAAUGUGUUACCUUGAAUUUUAAAUCAAUAGACCGUGGACUUUGUUGCAACGUCUUUUUCUUCAGAUUACUUGUUAUGUCAAAGUAUUUAAUAACUGCUACGUAUUUGCUAUUUCAGUAUUUGUGGUAGAUGAAUGUACCCUGUAUGUAGAGGUACGAUAUAAUAACUGAUUAAAUUAUGAAUAUACGGCUCAGUUGUUGCAGUUUCGGUCAGGGUAGUUUUAUUAGUGUCUUUAAACAACCGCACAAGAAGUAUAUUUUUACGUAAAAUCCGACAGUGACGUUUACACAGACAUUUCAAAGCAAAUCAACCAAUGAGAUUAGUAUCACAAACCGGAGAAACUGUUUGAGCAGCAUCACAUCUGAGGACUGACA